AGUUAAAGAAUGGGCAAAAAGCGUAAAGCUGGAUUCGCUGAAGACGAUAAUGUAGAAUACGAUUUGCCUGCAAAACACAUGAACACUAGCCACAUCCGAGCUAACGAACGCAGGUUGAUCAUAGUUCUCGAGGGAGCUCAAUUGGAGACGGUAAAAGUAGGACCAGUUUUCGAACUGCUAAACUGUGACGAUCAUCUGAACAUAUUUCGGAAAAUCCAACGUGAUCCGGGAAGCUGUCGGCCAGACAUAACGCACCAAUCGCUUUUGAUGCUGAUGGAUUCGCCGCUUAACAGAGCCGGGUUGCUGCAGGUGUUUGUUAAAACGGAGAAGAAUAUGUUGAUCGAAAUAGAUCCACAAACAAGAAUACCGCGAACAUUCAAACGUUUUGCUGGUCUUAUGGUACAACUGCUUCAUAAAUUUUCAAUCAAAGCAGCGGAUACGCAGAAAAAGUUGAUGAGAAUUGUAAAGAAUCCCAUCACCAACCAUUUGCCAGUGGGAUGUCGCAAGCUGGCAAUGUCUUUCAGUGCUACUCAGGUUAAGAAUGCCAAGGAGCUGGUACCGGAGCAAAAUGAACCGAUUACGAUAGUUAUUGGAGCGUUUGCCCAUGGCAAUUUAAACCUAGACUACACCGAAGGAUCCGUAUCGAUCAGCAACUAUCCUUUGUCGGCUGCAUUAACGUGCACAAAAAUAUGUUCUGCUUUCGAGGAAGCUUGGGGUAUAAUAUAA